AUGACAGCUCUUACUUGGAUCGGCUCAUUAUGGUACUGGUUUGCCAACUGUACCGGUCCAAUUUACCUUUGGAUGACUAGCAAAGUCGACGACCGCUGGAUGGUUGCUGCCGCAUGCCUUGUCUCUACAUUGGCCAUGAUGCUUGCUAGUAUAACAAAUGCUGUUUGGCAAUUGUAUCUGACCCAGGGCGUACUAUCUGGUAUCGGAACCUCAUUAUGCUGGUUCUCCUGUAUGCGUGCUCCUCAGCAAUGGUUCAACAAGCGGCGCGGUCUUGCUGUGGGUAUCACGAUGUCGGCGUCGGGCGUUGGAGGUUUGGUCUUGAACAACCUUGCCAACGGCUGCUUUAGAACUAUUGGUUAUCGGUGGGCAUUGCGUAUCUUUGGUUUCUUCGACCUCGUUUUUCUUGCUAUCGCUGCCGUAACUUGUUUCCGUUUGAACCCACCCGCCAAAAAUGUACCUAUUGUCGACGUCCAGGAUUGGAAGAACAGACGAUUCAUCAUUCUUUUCUUGAUCCACUUUGUUGGUAAUUUUGCCUUUUAUGUCCCAUCUGGCUUUGUCCCAACCUAUGCUGAGUAUAUGGACAUGGACUCCUGGAUCAAGACCAACUUGAGCGCUAUCAUGUCCGCUAUGAUGGUCGUUGGCAAGAUCGGUCUUGGUUUUGUUAGUGACUAUAUCGGACGUUUCAACAUGGCGGUCAUAUGUGGCAUCAUGGCCUGUAUUGCCCAUCUUUGCGUCUGGAUGACUGCUACUUCUGAAGGCAGUAUGUGGGCCUUUGCUGUGCUAUAUGGACUUUUUGGUGGUGGAUAUAUUGCGAUGAUCACUGCCGUGAUUGCAGAGGUCGUCGGUGUAGACCGUAUCGAUUCUGGCACUGGUUGGGCUUUCUUCGCCUGGUCUUGGGGUGGCUUUGCUGCUCAGCCUGUUGCUUCGGCUAUUAUCGAAUCAGGCGGCGGUGACAAUUUCACCGGUGCCAUCAUGUAA